CUCCCGGGCAACCUCGCCCCCCCCGUCUUCGUCCGGGGCAUCUCGCCACCAUCGCCGUGCCCCCCGCCCCCGGGAGCUCAUCUACUUUCCGUUACGUGCCACGAAGCCGGAUCGCCGGGCGUUGCUUUUUUUUUUUCUUUGAGUUGGCAACGCCGGAGGGCCCUCCGGAGCCCGGAUCCCCCCCGGGAGGGGACCCUCUAAUGCCGGAGGAGGUCAGCCUCGGGGCUCGCUGCAGGCCGAACGCCAUGCGCAGGUUGAUGCAAGGAGAAUGCAGGUAGCCCCGCCGGCCUGGAACUGCCCGCCGAAAAGUUCCGGGCCGGACCCUCCCCCUCGCCCUGAGCCCAGGUGGAGGGACCUGGCCCUGAAGGACGCGAAAACCUACCGGGUGUGGACCUGAACUCAGAGCAGAAAAAUGCGAAGCACGUGUUUCUUCCGAGACUUAUUGUUUAAGACCCUGUAAUGUAGAGCAGAAAGGAGAAGUCAUGAAACACACCCAGUUCCUGGCACCUGGGGAGAGUAAGAACAGGAUGACUGAGAACCUGAAGGACUGCUUGGCCCAGACCCAGGCUUCCAUGGGGGAGAUGGUGACGGUGAAGACAGAGGUCUGUUCCCCACACCGGGACCAGGAGUAUGGCCAGCCGUGCUCUGGGAGACCUGACCCCUCAUCUAUGGAAGUCGAACCCAAGAAGCUGAAAGGAAAGAGGGACUUGAUCAUGUCCAAGAGCUUCCAGCAAGUGGAUUUCUGGUUCUGCGAAUCCUGCCAGGAAUACUUUGUGGAUGAGUGUCCGAACCACGGCCCUCCUGUCUUUGUCUCCGACACCCCGGUGCCCGUUGGUAUCCCGGACCGGGCAGCCCUCACCAUCCCACCUGGCAUAGAGGUGGUCAAAGAGGCCAGCGGGGAGAACGAUGUGCGGUGCAUGAAUGAGGUCAUCCCCAAAGGACACAUUUUCGGACCGUACGAGGGCCAGAUCUCCACCCAGGACAAGUCUGCUGGCUUCUUCUCCUGGCUGAUCGUGGACAAGAACAACCGCUACAAGUCCAUCGAUGGGACAGACGAAACCAAAGCCAACUGGAUGAGGUACAUAGUCAUCUCCCGAGAGGAGAGGGAACAGAACCUGCUGGCGUUCCAGCACAGUGAGAGGAUCUACUUCCGGGUGUGCAGGGAUAUCCGACCUGGGGAGCGGCUGAGAGUCUGGUACAGCGAGGAUUACAUGAAGCGACUGCACAGCAUGUCCCAGGAGACCAUUCACCGCAACCUGACCAGAGGAGAGAAGAAACUACUGAGGGAGAAAACUGACAAGGCUCCAGAGAGCCAAGAGGACCUCCGUGGUCCCCUGCAGUUCACAGUGCUGAAGCAAGGCAAGAGCCCCUACAAGCGGAGCUGUGAUGAAGGGGAUGCCCAUCCCCAAACCAAGAAGAAGAAAAUCGACCUCAUUUUCAAAGAUGUGUUGGAAGCCUCGCUGGAGUCUGCCAAGAUAGACGAGCAUCAGCUGGCCACCAGCACCCCUCUGGCCCUCAAGAAAAUGCCCAAGUUUCAGGCAGAGGAUGUUUUUGAACGGUGUGGGGCGAUCCUGCCCCAUGGCACCCAGAGCUUUGGGCGGACCCACAGCGAAGGGGAUUGGAAGCUAGCCCAUGGUACACCGUAUGGCCCUUCCAAGGAGAAAGGCCUGCUGGAGGAGGACCAAGGAGAGCCUUCGCCCAUCAAGGCAGACAGCCCAAUGGAGGCCUCCCUCACGGGUGACAGCCAGGAACUUCCCACCACCUCCUUCUGCCCCAACUGCAUCCGGCUGAAGAAGAAGAUCCGGGAGCUCCAGGCGGAGCUGGACAUGCUGAAGUCAGGCCAGCUGCCCGAGGCUCCCUUAGUGCCACCUCAGGUACCCGAGCUGCCAGAGUUCUCAGACCCUGCAGCCUCAGAGAGCCUGGUCUCCAUCCCAACCAUCCUGGAGGACGACGACCCGGAGGUGGAUUCGGCCGACGAGUCGGUCUCCAACGACAUGAUCGCCGCAACAGACGAGCCCUCCAAGAUGUCCUCGGCCACGGGCCGCCGGAUCCGGCGCUUCAAGCAGGAGUGGCUGAAGAAGUUCUGGUUCCUGCGCUACUCGCCGACCCUCAACGAGAUGUGGUGCCACGUCUGCAGGCAGUACACCGUGCAGUCGUCCCGCACCUCGGCCUUCAUCAUCGGCUCCAAGCAGUUCAAGAUCCACACCAUCAAGCUCCACAGCCAGAGCAACCUCCACAAGAAGUGCCUGCAGCUCUACAAGCUCCGGAUGCACCCGGAGAAGACGGAGGAGAUGUGCCGCAACAUGACUCUGCUGUUCAACACCGCCUACCACCUAGCCCUGGAAGGCCGGCCCUACUUCGACUUCCGGCCCCUGGCCGAGCUCCUGAGAAAAUGCGAACUCAAGGUGGUGGACCAGUACAUGAACGAAGGCGACUGCCAAAUCCUGAUCCAUCACAUCGCCCGGGCCCUGCGGGAGGACCUGGUGGAGCGCAUCCGCCAGUCUCCCUUCCUCAGCAUCAUCCUGGACGGCCAGAGCGACGACCUGCUGGCCGACACCGUGGCCGUCUACGUCCAGUACACGAGCAGCGACGGCCCCCCGGCCACCGAGUUCCUGUCCCUGCAGGAGCUGGGCUUCUCCACCACCGACAGCUACCUGCAGGCCUUGGACCGGGCCUUCGCCGCGCUGGGCGUCCGGCUGCAGGACGAGAAGCCGACGGUCGGCCUGGGCGUGGACGGGGCAAACGUCACGGCCAGCCUGCGGGCCGGCAUGUUCAUGACCGUCCGGAAGACCCUGCCCUGGCUGCUCUGCCUGCCCUUCAUGGUGCACCGGCCCCACCUGGAGAUCCUGGACGCCAUCAGCGGGAAGGAGCUGCCCUGCCUGGAGGAGCUGGAGAACAACCUGAAGCAGCUGCUGAGCUUCUACCGCUACUCGCCCCGCCUCAUGUGCGAGCUGCGGCUCACCGCCUCCACCCUCUGCGAGGAGACGGAGUUCCUGGGGGACAUCCGGGCCGUGAGGUGGAUCAUCGGGGAGCAGAACGUCCUCAACGCCCUCAUCAAGGACUACCUGGAAGUGGUGGCCCACCUCAAGGACGUCAGCGGCCAGACCCACAGGGCCGACGCGUCGGCCAUCGCCCUGGCCCUCCUGCAGUUUCUCAUGGACUACCAGUCCAUCAAGCUGAUCUACUUCCUGCUGGACGUGAUCGCCGUGCUGUCGCGCCUGGCCUACGUCUUCCAGGGCGAGUACCUGCUCGUCUCCCAGGUGGACGACAAGAUCGAGGAGGCCAUCCAGGAGAUCAGCCGGCUGGCCGACUCCCCCGGCGAGUACCUGCAGGAGUUCGAGGAGAACUUCCGGGAGAGCUUCAACGGCGUGGCCGUGAAAAACCUGCGGGUGGCGGAGGCCAAGUUCCAGUCCAUCCGGGAGAAGAUCUGCCAGAAGGCCCAAGUGAUCCUCGCCCAGCGGUUCGACUCCCGGAGCCGGACCUUUGUGAAGGCCUGCCAGGUCUUCGACCUGGCCGCCUGGCCCAGGAGCUCCGAGGAACUCGUGAGCUACGGCAAAGAGGACAUGGUGCAGAUAUUGGAGCACCUGGAGGCCAUCCCCUCGUUCUCCCGCGAGGUCUGCCGGGAGGGGGCGGAUCCUCGGGGGGCUCUGCUCAUGGAGUGGCGGGAACUCAAGGCCGACUACUUCACCAAAAAUGGUUUCAAGGACCUGAUCGGCCACGUGGGCAAGUACAAGCAGAGGUUCCCCCUCCUCAAUAAGGUCAUCCAGAUCCUCAAGGUCCUCCCCACUUCGACCGCCUGCUGCGAGAAGGGCCGCAGCGCUCUCCAGCGGGUGCGCAAGAACCACCGCUCCCGCCUGACCCUGGAACAGCUCAGUGACCUUUUGACCAUCGCUGUCAACGGGCCGCCCAUCGCCCACUUCGAUGCCAAGCGGGCGCUGGAUAGCUGGUUUGAGGAGAAGUCCGGCAACAGUUACGCGUUGUCGGCCGAGGUCCUCAGCCGGAUGUCGUCCCUGGAUCAGAAGCCGAUGCUCCAGAGCGUGGACCACGGGUCGGAGUUUUACCCUGACAUGUAGGAAGCGAUCUCCUCGGAUUACACCAAGCUGUUGAAUAAUUUUUUUUA